GGGAAAGAAAAAAAAAAAAAAAAAAAAAUGAAGAAUAAUAUAACAUAAUAUACGUGUACAAGGGCGCAUACAAAAAGAUAUGCACGUAUACGUACGUAUGUUUACAUAUACGUGAGGGUAAAUCCCCAAAUGAAAGGAACAUUUUUUUUUCCCCUUUCCAUUUGUUCAUAGUAUGCCGGAAGGGAUUUGGGCGCAGCACGUUUAAGCGCAUAUGAACGAGGCGGCAAAGGGAGCAAGCGAACAAGGAGAAUGAACGAGAGAGCGACCCUCCCCGGAGAGAAAGGCCGCCCACAUUGAAAAGGAAAAAACGAUCCUUUUUUCUCCUACGCCCCCCGGAGGAGAUCAUUUUGACAUCCAUAUAUAGUGGUACAUGCCUGGCAUAUACACGCGAACACAUGCGCGCAUACGUACAGGGGUGUUGACCAGCUGACGGGCUCACCUUCAGACGAGCUGGCCUUCAAAUGUACGUAGGCCUACCGCCGUAUGAGCCCACCGCCGUGUUAUCGCACCGCCUCGUUCCCGCGAAUGCAUCUUUGCAGCCCGCGUUGGCGCCUCCCCACCGAUCUUUCAAACGCCCAUAUAACGUCAACGCCGCAAAGCAGGCUGGCGACUCCUGCCGACAAAGCAUGAGCACGAUGAAAAUAAAUUCCCCCGAGUCGAAGGAAGGAAAUUCGGAAACGAAGAAUUCGAAGAAGCGAAGCAUCGAAAAAAUAGUCUCCCCCACGAAAAUUGCCAAAACGGAUGUCGAUGCGUCCGAAGUUAAUGAUGCAGAUGAUAUAGAUAAACCCCAAGUGGAGUUAGCCGAAAAUGAAAGUUCCAAUCAAGUGGAGGAAGAACCAAGUGAGUGCUUCUCAAAUGAUAUCUACGGUGAGGAACCCGUGAUGGUGGGACGGGGGGAUGCGGAGAAUGACCUCCCAGUGGAAGCUCCCUGCACGGUGGAUCCCCAAAAGGGCAGCAUCAGAAAAAAAGAGAAAAAAAAAAGCAACAAAAGUAACUUCGCAGAGGAGACCAAAAAAACGAUUCAAAAGGAGAGGAAGAAAUUAGAAAAGGGGGAUAAAAAAAAGAGGAAAAAUAUAGACAAGGGGAAAAAUGACGAACUGAGGGAGUUCGUCGUGAAAUUGGCGGGCAUCGAGGAGGAGGAAGAGGAGGAGGAAGGGGAGGAGGAAGGAGAGAAGGAAGAUGAUGAGGAGGUGGAAGAUGAGGAGGAGGUGGAAGAUGAGGAGGAGGUGGAAGAUGAGAUUGCAGAUGAUGAGGAGGGGGAAGAAGAUUUGAGAGAAAAACUGCCAGACGAUGUGUCAGACGAAGCGUCAGAUGAAGCGUCGGACGAAGCUUCCCAUGAGGAGGCGAAUGGACCAGAGGAAGGGGAGACGGACGAAGAGGGAAAAGAUAAGGGGGAGGAAUCGCCGAAAGGGGCAAGCACUGAAAGGGACAAAGAGGCAGACGAUGAAGAGGAUGAGGAGGAGGAUGACGAUGGGGAAGAAGAGGAGCAGGAAGAAGCCGAAGUGGGGAACGAAGUGGCCACAAACGAAAAGGGCGACGAGGAAGAGGAGGGCCAAACGAGCAAGGAGAAGUUUGACGAGGAGGACGCAACUCCGCGGAAGGGCAGUGACGAUGAAGAGAGGGGAAGCGCAGAUGGGGAAAAUGCCACAGAUGAAGAGGACCCAGCGGAGAACGAGACGAACAAGAGUAGCCUGAACAAGAAUCAGAAGAGCGACAACGAAAGUGCGGCCAGCGAAUGCAGCGAUAUUAAGAAGAACGACCGUCUGUUUGCAUCCAUGAAUGACUGCAACUCGCCCAACAAGCUGUUCAGCGAGCACGUGGGGAAGCUGAACAUUUUCGGAAACGUAAACAUUGACAUUGAAAAGUUGCGGCAGCGGCUGAACAAAAACAAGAGCGUCACGGAGGAGAAGAAGGAGGUGAAGAUCUCGGAGGCAGAGAACCCCUUCGAGAACGAGCAGGUGCUCUACUCCGAAAACAGCAUCAAAAUAAGCAAAUUUAUAAAGAAGAAUGAAAAGUAUGACUGGUCAGGUUACUUGCCGGUGAAAAUACAAAUUAUGAAAAACGUCGAAAAUAAAAAGUUUCGCAUUCUUUGCUUUCAAAAAGGGAGUGGGAGACUCUUUUUAAAUACGGAUAUAUUUGAGGGCUUCAAAAUAAUCCCCUCCAAGAGUACCUCCGCUUUGUUUAGUGGAAGAGACAUAUGUGAUGAGAAGAAGUUGAACCAGUACAUUGUCACCUUCAUGAGCAACACCUCUAGGGAUGAAUUCGUCAAGCAGAUAAAGAGCAUCACGAGCGGGUGA